AGUCUGGCAGCAUCCAUUUGUCAACAUCUUCAAGCAUGUUCGUCUGGAAGAAUGGAAGAGAUCGACCAAGGACGGGGAUGUCACCAGUGUCAUGGAUAAAAAUGUGAAGUGUACAGUAUACAAGAUUCGGGGCUCAAUCCCUGCAGGAAACUACAUCCUGCUCCCCAAAACCAGUUCCCAGAGCCUGGGCCUGACAGGGCGCUACCUGUACGUGCUGUUCAGACCGUUACCUGGAAAACACUUUGUGGUGCAUGUAGAUGUGAGCGCAGAGGAAGGCCAGACCAUCCGGAUCUCCUUCUCCAAUCUUUUCAAGGAAUUUAAAUCCACAGCUACAUGGCUACAGUUCCCGUUUGUGUGUGGCGCUAUAAAGGGGUCAGUCUAUGACAGCACUAUGCAGGCAGCACGUGAUGGCUUGGUGGGUCCAGCCCCCUUGGGCUCCCGCUGGACCUGCCUUCUGCUGGACCUUCAGUACAUCCUGUCUGUGUAUCUGAGCCGCAAGUACAGUCACCUGAGGAGCGUCAAGUUGUGCUCAAGUCUGCUAGUGAAGAAUCUGAUGACCAGUGACCUGAUCUUUCAGCCCGACCUAUCUUUCAUGGAAGCACGACAUUCCAAAACUCUACCACAGGGGGUCGCCGCAAUGCCUCGAGAGAUGGCGUUUCCAGUACCCAAAGGAGAGAAAUGGCACGACUUAUAUGACUUCAUACGAUUUCCUUCAGAUGGCUAUAAGCUGCCAUAUGACUCCAUUCAGAAAGGACAGACUGUUUCUGCAGCCCCCGGUGCCCCCCUACCUCACGGUCCUGUCCGCGAAUACCCACGUUCCGUCACUGUCAGUAAACCAGUGCAGGACAGAGUGUCCCUCAUCCAGCAGAUCACCACCCCCAGACCGCUUCCUCGGGGGAAUCCUCUUCGUGUAGACUCCAUCCCGGAGAGGUACCUAUCUGUGCGAGGAAAGAGCACCGAGGACCAGGACUCGGAGAGCACAGCGGCAGAGGAGGACGAUGGAGGAAUCCAUGUUUACGCACACAAGGGCAGCAACCUCUCUAUCGUCAGGCACAACAAGGACUCUGAGCAAGUGAUCUACACCUCCUCUCACAGACCUGUCCCCUUAUCUUCAGGAACAGAGGGAAAGAAACUUCUUCCAGAUCCUAUCCUGAAACUGAGAAAAAUCGUUGGUUUUGGGGGCUGCACAGAACGCUUCGCUCUCUGGACUCACACUGGCUGUUCUGUUGUCUAUCCUUGCCAUGCCGUUAUUGUGGUUUUCAAUGUGGAAAGUGGAGAGCAGCGGUUUUUCUUGGGACACACGGACAAGGUGUCAGCACUGGCGUUUAGUGGAAACUGUACCCUCUUGGCCUCUGCUCAGACUGGCACGCUCAGUAUGGUGCGCCUCUGGCACUUUCAGAAAGGAAGUUGUCUCGCCAUGUUCAAAACUCACGCUCAUUCGGUGUCAUACCUCAGUUUCUCACACAGUGGCUCUGUCCUGUGCGGAGUUGGGAAGGAUGGACAUGGCAAAACGAUGGUGGUGGUUUGGAACACUUCCCAGGCCAGUCGGGGAGGGGAAGUUGUGGUCCUUGCAAAGGCCCAUACAGAUGUGGACAUCCAGACGAUGAAGAUCGCAUUCUUUGAUGAUACCAGGAUGGUAUCAUGUGGUAAGGACAAUGUUCGUUUGUGGAGGGUUCGCAGUGGUUCGCUGCGGUCAUGCCCAGUAAAUUUGGGUGAGUAUUACACCCUAGAGUUUACGGAUUUGGCGUUUGAGGCUGUCCACAGUCCUGAGAGAGAGCCGGAGGACCGGACGCUGUAA